UGUGGUGAAAGAGUAAGCAAAGUUAAAUCUAUUGCACUGCUGGGGUACACAAUUUGCACUGACACCGUUUGUCUGUCUGUGAGUCUGGCUGAGCUCUGGUCACGUCUAUUUAAAAAAUUGCCAAUAUUGAAGUGAUCAAAAGAGGCCAUCGGAAAGGUCCAUGCUUGCGGUUAAGUUCCAGGAGAUUCUGUUAAGGUGUUAGCUGCUGCUUCUACUGUAUUUUAGUUCAGCACAGGCCAGCUGUCAAGCUAGCCGACUUAGUUGGCCAAAAUGGAACGGUCAGCCAGCGUACCGUUCCAUUACGACAUGUACGGGAUGCCCUUUCACCCGGCGCAUACCCUACAUGCUCCGAGGAUGACUCACAUUGCCGACAAGUCCAUUCAUAACACAAUCUCUUCAGCCGGGAAGCACUUUCCUCACAGCAGUGACCAUGGCCUCGACACUCAGCGCAUGAUUCCUAUGCAGGAUAAAGGCAAUCACAGCAAUAUUUCUGGCAAACACCUCCACCAUCGACACUCCUCAUCGUCGUCGUCAUCACAUUCCCACAGUUCUCAGAGAAUGUCCCAUGCAAUAGAAAAAUCUAUGCACCAUUCAAGCAGCUCAGGCAAGCAGUUCCCACAUGACCACACUCUCGAUUCACAAAGAAUGCUACAUGGUAUUGAAAAGUCCAGCCAAAAUAGCAGCAGCAGCUCUGGCAAGCAUUAUUCCCAUGAACAUAACAUGCAGUCAAGCCAAAGAAUCUCACAUGAGAAAACAACCCAUUCUUCAUCAAUUUCUGGGAAACAAUUUCUGCCAAGUAGCUGCCAAGAAGUUCCAAGGAUGUCGCAUGUUCCAGAGAAAAACAUUCACAACAGCAUCUCCAGUAAACAGAUCUCUUCCCACAGACAUAACUUGGAGAAGGAGAGAAUAGCCUCACCAGUUGACAAACCAGACAACAACAGCAACAGCGACCUGUCUGGGAGCCAGUUCUCUCAUGAGUCGACUAUCGAGAGCCAGAGGCUGCCACUGCCCUAUAUUGGUCAGACAGUGUUUCCUGGUAACAAUAUGUACAGCAGCCAGUAUUCUCAGCCAUGUUACUUACCGACCACUGACAGAAUGCAGUCAAGCUUGGAGGGCGGACAAUCAUCCAAGGAGAGUUCUUCUCAAAAGAGCUCCACUUCUAGUAUUGAUAAAUCAUUCCAUGGUGAUGUGUCUCAAAAACAAUACGGCCCGAACAAACUCUCGCAGAGCUCCAUAAAACAACAUCAACAUCAGCCACAUCAACAACAGCCACAGCAACCACCACAACAACAGCAACAACAACAACAACAACAGCAGCAACAACAACAACAACAACAUCCUCCACCCCUCAAACAGCUCUUCUGCGAUUACUGCGGCAAGAAGUUUGCUCAGGAAUAUUUGAUGCACAUGCACCGAAGGAAACAUACAGGAGAGAAACCGUUCCAGUGCGACAUCUGCAACAAACAGUUCUCUCGCAAAGACGUGAUGCAGCGACAUAAAAAGAAUCACACGGAUAAAAUCGAUCAACCAAUGAAAAGCAAUGAAAACCAUUACCAGUCGAUGCCAGUCAAUGUUCAAAGAAAUGAAAUUCAGAAUCAUGGAAAAUUCCAACAUCAGAAUAUUUCUCCAAGUUACCAAAGACCACCAACUAAUACACAGAAAUAUCCAUCGCAAUCUCAGCAGCCCAUCUCACAACCUCAGUAUCAGAUGCAAAAAAACAUGGGCAGCAAUUAUCAAGGAAUGCCACCAGAUAUUCCCAGGUUUGAAGAACUACAUAACGUUUCUAUGAAAAAAUCUUAUUACUGUGACAUAUGUCAGAAACAGUUUGCUCAGCGCUAUUAUUUGGCCAUUCAUAAACGGUCUCACACUGGCGAGAAACCAUUCCAGUGUGAUUUUUGUAUUCAGAAAUUUGCCCGCAAAGAUACAUUAAAGAUCCACCGUAGAACACACACAGGCGAGACACCUUAUCAAUGCAAUGUUUGUCUUGAAAAAUUCUCUCAAAGAAUUAAGUUGCAAAUUCAUCAGAAACAGCACAUUAGUAAGAAACGGUACCAAUGUGAUAUUUGUCUGAGACAUUUCGCACAGCGUUACUACCUGCGAAUACAUCGCAGGACUCAUACCGGGGAACAGCCUAAUCAGUGUGAAGUCUGUCUAAAACAAUUUGUACAGAAAUACCACCUGGAGAUCCACAAGCGGAUCCAUACUGGGGAGAAACUGUUCCAAUGUGAUGUCUGUCUGAAACAGUUCACUCAAAAAUACUACCUGGCCAUUCAUAAGCGAACCCACACGGGAGAGAAACCAUUCCAGUGUGACUUUUGCAUCCAGAAAUUUGCUCGCAAAACGACCCUUCAAAUUCACCGGAGAACCCAUACAGGGGAAAAGCCCUUUAAAUGUGAAGUUUGCCUCAAGCAAUUUUCCCAAAGUAGCAAACUAAGAGUUCAUCAAAGGACCCACGGACCGAAACGACGCUACCAAUGUGAUGUUUGUAUGAAACUGUUUGCGCAGCGACAUUAUCUUCAGAUCCACCAGAGAUCCCACACCGGCGAGAAACCGUUCCAGUGUGAGAUUUGCUUCAAACAGUUUGCUCAGAGAAACACAUUACAGAUACACAAGCGAACGCACACAGGAGAGAAACCAUUCCAGUGUGAAGUCUGCCUCAAGAACUUUGCCCACAAACACUACCUGCAAUUGCAUAAACGGACCCACACCGGGGAAAAGCCGUUCCAGUGUGACUUCUGCUUCAAGCAAUUCGCACAGAGGAAUUCUUUGCAGAUGCAUCGCAGAACGCAUACGGGUGAGAAACCCUUUCAGUGUGAAGUGUGUUUGAAGGCAUUCGCUCAGAGACACUACCUACGACUGCACAAACGAACCCAUACAGGGGAGAAGGCCUUCCACUGUGACUUGUGCCCUAAACACUUUGCUAGGAGCGACACACUACAUCGCCACAAGAAGACCCACAACAAGACUGCCAGUAAACCUCCAAAGACUUCUUCGAAUUCCAUCAACAAAACGGUUGAAGAAUUUCCUCCUAUGAGUACUUAUUUGUGGCAACUGUGAUCUGACAGAGGGAGACUGUUGUAAUGUUUUUAGUUAAAUGAUAACUAAAAUAUUGUGUAUUGCAGUGAAUACAUACAUGUAUACAUAUAUACCUACAUAUGUGUGCACGCAUCAUAUAUAUAUAUCUAUAUAUAUUAUAUAAAUAUAGAUAUACAUAUAUAUAUACAUGUAUAUAUACAUGCGCACAUACAUACAUGCAUGUGUGUCAUGGAAUAUACAUAUGUAUAUACAUUAUAUGUCAUGUAUAUACAUAUGUAUAUAUACAGGCACCCAAUUAAGAUUAUAUUUCAAGACAGACAAUGACACAGUGUAUUAUUAUUAUUAUUAUUAUUAUUAUUGUUAUUAUCAACAUCAUCAUCAUUUUUAUUAUUAUUAUUAUUAUUAUUAUUUCAUUACAUCUUCACAAAUCACAUCAUAAAACAUUUGGAAAACGUAGAGAGAGCAUUUUUGCUGAAUCAUCCAUCCUAGAAAGUUUUCUUAUAUUUUUCAUAUCAUUUUUUCUUCUUUUUUUGACAGUUUUCUUUUUCUCAACCCUUUCUUGUUCUCCCCCCAACCCCUGAUCUUCAAGGAGUCAUACAGUACCAAUUUGUCUUGGUGUCAUUGGAUAGACUUAGUUGAAUCUACUUUGGAAAAUUCUUUAUUUCUCUUGUACCUUCUCCUCCAACUAAAAAACAUUACUAAUCGUGGCUUGACCGAUGCCAAACUCACCAGAAACUUUUCCAAACAUUUUCAUUCAUAAUUGACUUAUGGCCAGACGUUCCAAAACUGAUGCUAAACAAUCCACAUCCUUAAAAGAGCCAACUUCAUGUACGGUGGGUAAAAACAAUAAAAAUGGAAGAUAAAAAAUAAAAACAAAACUGGUGGCUCUUGGAAGGGCAGAUAACCCAUGUUUAGACAAUAAAGACUUUGAUUGACUCAUGCAAAAAAAAAAAAAAAGACGGCUGAUACACAAUUGCUGUAUAUUCGCAUUGUAGACCAUCAGAGUGUGCAUACGAAAUAUGUUGCACUUGGGUCUAGUUUGUAUACUGUAUAUACAGCCAUUGUUUGCAUAAAAGUUUGUAGUUUUAAAGAACCAGAUUUCAUUGGAAAAACAAACGCUGCUUGCUGAUUGCAGAAAAAGUCAUUGCUGAAGGCUAAGUGAGAUUUCAUUCAUUUUAUUUAAUACGUUAAUAAAAAGUCAGAGAUGAUGCAAUGGGACAAAAUAAGGGGAAUCUUUAAAUAUUUAUAUCAUGCAGCAUUCUUUGUGAGUCUGUGUUAUAUAAAUAAAGAAAUAAAUAUUAUAUGUGUAGCAAUCAA